CGGUGCGGUUGGACGUGUCAUUCGAAUUAAAAUUUACCGCUCGACGAUCGUAGCCGGGCGAUGCUAAACAAUGAUAGAAUGUUCGUUCGUUUGUUUUCGUAAAUUACACUGUGUCUAGUGCGGUUUUUGGACGUAUGUGGUAGUGAAAAGGUGGUGGCCGGUCCGGCGAAGUCAUGGGCAAUUCUUGCAGCUCAGGCCAAGCUCAUAAGGACAAGGAUAGUGUCUCCCAGCAUUCUGAAGAGUACAAAUUGUCAACCGCCGAGGACAAAAGGUCACCGUCGUACCGAGUCACCAAGCCGUCUAUCGACGCGAGUGCGGAACAGCCUGCGCUGGAGUUGCUGGAGCCGACGCCCCUGUUCAAAGACAAGAAACCGCAGCUCAAGGGACCGCGACCGCCUGUUGGAUCCAGUGUUUCUGAUUCCAUCUCCCUGUCAUCACCAGUCGCCUGCGCGUCUCCUCGCGAGGAUGUCGUGGGCCCGCCUAUGCCGGCCAACGUGGCCGCCCUACCUGAAGAACACCGGUCAUACCUCCUGGGCAGAUUGCCAGGACAGAGAACGAGACGUCGUCGAGCAAUGGUCGUGUAUGUUUGUGCGGCGGAUUCACAGGAUUGCUGUGCAGAGAAAGGAGCGUUACACUGCGGUGUAGCAGCUCGGUUACGCGUGCGCGCUCGCAAGCGCGGCUGGCGAGUUCACGUCGCUGACCUGCACUGGCGGUCACCACUUGAACAGCAACGUGACCACCGCUUCCCUGUGUUGUGCAUAGCGGAACUGGCUCGUCAAACUGAACUAGGUGCGGUAGUGCCUGUUUUGUUUUUGAACGCAAACCUCGGCACGCCGCUGCUGCCACACACCCUAGAAUUUGCAGACUUCGAAGCCGCAUUGGAAGCUGCUGAAGAUGAAAAUGACAAGACAUUACUGAACAAAUGGUACAGCCUAGACCUGAGCACGCGGCCGCCGUGCUACCGCCUGGUGCGCGGCGCGCCCGCCCGCUGGCGGCGCGAGAUGGCCCGCGCGCUCAGUGUGCUCGUGCGCACGCUGCCGCAGGAGGCCUGCGACGCCUACCUCACCACCGUAUUGGAACAGGAGGUGCAGCACACGGUGCUGAUGAGCUCGGAGACGGCUCGUCGCUGCGUGUGGGUGUGCCGCGCGGUAUGUCCCGACCCGCCCGACGCAGACGCCGACCACCACCGCGAGCUGCAGCGACGACUCGCCAACCUGCAAAAGGACCUCAAGCUGCACCUGAGCGAGCGCAACAUAAUCCGCGGCAGCGUGCGCGGGCGCGCGGGCGCGGGCGGCGGCGCGGGCGCGGCGGACGAGGAGUACGCGGCGGGCGUGCGCGCGGCGCUGAGCGAGCGCCUCGACGCGCUGUUCGACGCGCUCGUGGCCGACUCCGAUACGCCGGCGGGCUACUGCGGGAUACCUACCAGUUUGUUCGACGAAGUCAGUGAGCAUCUUUCAUUCUGUCAAAAAGUAACCCAGUGCACGUCAAAUCGCGAGAUCACGUUGAACGAACUCAAAACAUAUGUACGUGGCGAGAGUUCCGUGCCGCUUGCGCUGCUCGGCGGCGCCGGCUGCGGAAAAGCAACUCUAUUGGCCCGAGCAGCAACACUCGCGCCGUCAGUGUUGCCAGAUGUUGCUCUAAUACUAAGGUUCGUAGGUCUGACGCCGCAGUCAAGCAGUUCUCACCAGCUUCUUAAGUCAAUUGUGGACCAACUUCACGUCCUACACUCCGGCACCGUAUAUCGAGGACGUAAUGAAGCGACCACUCUAUCUUCAGCGCUGGCCAGACUCCUAGAGGCACUAGGUCGUACUCGACCUGUACUCCUCUGUAUAGCGGGGGCAGACGCUCUGAGGGGGGCUCGCUGGCUCCCCUCUCGUCUCCCCGAUAAUGUAAAAAUGAUCGUCACAGUUACUGAAGAAAAAGAUGAACCAUCAAGCUCUGCAAUCAUGGCAGUUCUCUCAUCAGAAGACGGACCGAAGGUGGUCCGAGCGCCUCCAGUCGGCCCGGAAGAAGCUAAAGCAGUGCUGACCGCCUGCGCUGCCACCUACAGCAAAACGGGCGCCGCUUCACCACCUGAAACCGCGAUGAAGGCUGUACAGAAAUGCACUCUGCCGCUGUAUGCUAAAAUCCUAGCGUGGCAAAUAUCUCUGUCAGCGGAAACCUUCACCGAGCAAUCCGAACCGGAGACUACGCCGGAGCUGGUAAUCUGCGAGGAUCUCGAAGGCCAGCUGGAGCAGAUCCUGGUGACCACCGAGGGGGCGCUCGGGGCCGACAGGGUCCGGGCGUGCCUCUCGCUGCUCACGGCGUCGCGGCGGGGGCUCGACGACACCGAGAUCCUCGACCUGCUGGCCCACGACGAGCUGUUCAGGAGCGAGGAGACCUACCUGCCGUGGGCGCCGGGCGCGCUGCUGUGGCCGCAGCUGUGCGCGCUGCUGGCGCCGUGGCUGCGCGGCGACGCGCGGGGCGGCGCGCGCUGGCGGGACGCGGCGCUGGCCGCCGCCGCCGCCGAGCGCUACGCCGCCGCCGAGCGCGCCGCCCGCGAGACGCUCGUCGACUACUUCGAGGGUAAAUGGUACAUCGAAAACGACCCAAAGAUGUCGGGAAGAUUACUGUCACAGGAGAACAAGUUCUCUGAUGAAUGGUAUAAUACUAGAAAGUUCGAUGAACUACCGUUCCAACAUUAUCAUCUAUUAAAAGAGGAUCCAGAAGCUUUUGCCAAUAAACCUUACUUCACUAAACUGGACUGGAUACACGACAAGCUAGCCGCGACCGAUUGCGGCCACUUCCUCGAAGACAUUGCUCUGGUCCAUAUCGAUCCACUGCCAGAGCAUCUAGAAAUCCUAAAAGAGGUCUUCGAAACUCAUUCGUAUGCUCUCGAUUAUGACCAUAGACAAUUCUACGGCCUCCUCCGAACAACUUUGGAAAGAAAACAACGAGAUGGCAUAGAUUUUGAUACUGAUAUCGUACAAAAUUGGAUGAAGGAAGUCUGGGAACCGCCGGUACCCACAUUUUAUCCAGCUAACGAAGAUUUUUGGAAAGUUGUCGAAAGUAGGGAAAAAAGGGAUUUAUCUAUGGUUGAAGGUUUUGAUACUAAGUCAUAUGAUUUGAUUGUGAGAUUCGAUACGAGAGGGAAGUUUGUUGCGACGGUGUCUACGGAAAGGGAGGAAAUUUGUGUUUGGGACGUCACACGGUGUAAGUUGGUGAGAAAAAUCGUCGGAGUAACACACCCAAUUAACUUAGUUCCGAUAGACGAAUACAAAUGUGUUGUGCUCUGCCGUAGAGAGCUCAGGGUUUACGACUUGGAUCAGGGUAAAUAUCUCGUCGCACUGAAGGGUGUGAUGAAUCAAAAGAUGCCGUACUACGGCCUUCACGACCCUAAACAUCUAGUGGCGUUGUCACGCAACCGAAUGUACGUCAACCUGAUGAACAUCGAGACAGGUGACUGCGUGACAACAUUUAAAGCCGGUGAAGACCGGUUCCUCAAUUCCCUGCUAGUGUCAGGCGAUGGAAGAAUACUAGUCUGUGGUGAUGAAACGCAGAAGCCAUUCCCGUUACUCGUAUGGUCAUUGACCUCACGGAAGCUGCUCUAUGACCUUCGAAUACCUCAUCAUGACUUCAUCACCUCCAAAGCUGCUAUUACAUACGAAGGUUCGUACGUAUGUGUUGUGUCACGAGAACUCGAUGAGCCGAGCCCGAACUUCAUCGUCGUGUACGACCUGCAGUCAGGGACGUUGUUCAAGAAGUGGAAACCUGGCUGUGACACCGUAGCCCUCGCUAUCAGCUCUGUAGACGGCUGUGUGGUCUCCGGACUCGCUGAUACGAGAAUCUUGGUCUGGGAUCUCGUUACGGGCAACUGCCGGCUGAGCCUGCGCGGCCACGUGUCGGCGCCGGGCCUGCUGCGCCUGUCGCGCGCGGGCGGCGUGCUGCUGUCGGCCGACCGCGCCGGCCGCGACCUGUCCGUGCGCCUGUGGGACCUGCACGCCGGUAAGCUGAUAGCUGUCUACACACCGCCCGAGAGAAUAACAUCGUGCGAGGUUCUUUUGGGUGGAUCUGUUUUGGCGCUGGCUUUGGAAAAUUACAAGGAUAUCCUCUGUGUGAAAUUGUACGGCCCGACAGUAGAAUCUGUGAAGAAUGGUAAAGAAUGUGAGUUCGACGAAACCGGUUACGGGCAUCCGGAACACGAGGGUAAAACGUUCGACGUGAGGGGUAUGGAGUGCACUUGAUCAUGACCAGAUUAUAUAUCAAAACUCGUUAGCAAUAAUAUGUGGUUACGUGUAAUAAAUAUAAAAAAUAUUAACAUAUUUCAUGCAACAAAACAUUACGUUAAAGUUUUAAUGUAAGGUUAUUACAAUUUAAAUGUUGAUAUAUUAAUUAAUUUACAUAAUUGUGUGCUGGUCACACUGACGUUUUCGUUUAAGGGGCAGGCCUCAAAGUUUAUGUUUUUUUUUUAUUAACAGGAAACACUAG